AUGAACCUGGCACUGACACGCCAGAACGACAUAAUUUGGACAGCUACCGUCCUUUCCUUGAUGGGGUUGUUGCGCAGCAGCGAAGGCCUCCGGGACGAGCUUUUGUGGGAUAAGCUGGUGCACUGGGCCGUGUUUGGCCUCAUCUUUGUGCUUUGCGGUGGCACGUUCCUCGCGAGCCUUCAAAUCCUAAACUUCGAGCCCCAUCAACCAUGGAUUCAGUGGCUGCUUCGGUACCCCCUGUGGCUCUCUUCGCGCUGCUUUGCUGUCCAUUCGUGUGGUAACUUGGCCCAGUCCCUCUGCUGCUGCUCCCCUUCGGCAUGCCCCAUGGAAGCAUCCUUGGCUCCGCUUCUUCGCCUCAGUGAGUGCACCAAUACGUGCUCCUUGUGGAGUGAUCGUAUGUACACAAUGGCGUCGCAAGCUGCGUCCCUCGUGGCCGUGGUCGGUGCGUAG